AUGGAAAUCCAACAGAGCACCCCACUUUCAAAGCCGACGAUUCUUCUCAUCAGCUCGGACACGCGAACCAUUUUAGCCCAACAAUGGGAGAAAGUGCAACAAAAAUUCAACAUCUUGAUCUAUGACUGUAAUAGCGUCGAAGAGUUCUGCAAACGACUCUCUCCCGGCGGCGUGUACUCCAAAAUCGAUGCCAUUGUGCGGACAGGAUGGUUGAAAGCAGAGCCGUACAGUACACAUCUCUUAUUUACCACCGCGGUUGCAAAACACUACCCAUCCUCUCUCAAGCUCAUCGUAUGCUCAGGACACGGCUACGAUGCAGCUGACGUCGAUACAUUAACAGAAAUGGGCAUCUGGUACUGCAAUACGCCGGACACGUGCACCGAGGCUGUUGCAAACACAGCGCUGUAUCUGAUCCUAUCUGCAUAUCGCUAUUUCACCUUCGCCGAACGCUGUGCGCGCAACGACUGGGCGUUGAGCCGAUCGCUGGGGAUGAAGGCCGUUGAUCCACUGGGAACCACGCUGGGAAUUGUGGGGUUGGGAGAUAUUGGCGCGCGAAUUGCUCGCAAAGCUGCGCUGGGACUGGGCAUGAAGCUUUGCUACUACAACAGAAAGCGCGACGUGGAGCGCGAGAGACAGGUCGGUGUCGAGAUCUCGUACUGUCCAUCGUUAGCGGAACUCCUAGAGACUUCGGACUGCGUGGUGCUCGCCUGCCCAUAUACACCAGCCACGCACCACAUGUUAUCGACCAAGGAGUUUGAGCUUGCGAAAGAAGGGGGGAUGAGAGUAGUGAACAUAGCUCGUGGUCGGUUGAUUGACGAGGCUGCUCUGCUUCAGGCUCUUCGGGAUCAGAAAGUGGUGGGUGUCGGAUUGGACGUUCAUGAGAACGAGCCGGGGAUUAACGACGAGUGGGCGGGUAACUAUAUGGCUACGGUAUUGCCACAUAUUGGGGUCUGUUCUAGGACCUCUUGGGAUGGGUUUGAAAAGGUGUGCUGGGAUAAUGCUGAAGCGUUUUUUGAAACCGGGAAACCGCUAACACCUGUCAACUCAAUAGCUUGA